UUGGGCUCUAUUUGUUUCGAAGCUAUAUUUAGGUUUCAUUUGACAACGCGUCCUCGGCCGAAGCGAACGUGAAUUAGUUUUCUUUCCGUUUCUCCCAGCGCUAAACUCUCAAUAGUUUGGACUAGUGCUGAAACCGAGUAGAAGAGAGAAGUGAUCGUUUGGACACAGCAUUCAGCAAACCAGUCGUGAUAGUGGAGUGUGUUGUGGUCUACAGUGAUAAUUAAAAUUUAUUGUUAUUCUAUGUAAAUUUCGGCGGAAAUGAACUGUUGUUUUAGUUUCUUUUGAGUUUAAGUCUUUAUUUUGUAUAAAUAGUUUUUGUUUUCUCUUUGUUAAUAUUGAGUUAAUUAAUGUGAUUGGUGGAACUCUGUUGCACACGAACAUCCGAUGAGAGUUGAUCGUAUUGGAAAAAAAUGCAAAAAAGUUAAAUCUGUGGGAAAAUCGAAACCCGAAGAACGUUGUGCCAGUGCUUGACAUGUAAUUGUGAGCUGAUAUUUAUUUUCUGGAAAACUGGGAGAUCAAAAACUGAACGAAUUAAUGACAGUGUACCGUGUGUGUUGUGUGAGUUAUGGCCAGUAAUGGGGGGACUCUACAUGGGGUUCCCCAAUCGCAACAAAGUCUAAGUGGUCAUCACAGUUGCUCACACUGUGGUCUCUACUUUGAGAGUUCGUCGUCGCUUCAAGUGCAUAUGCACUACCAUCAUGAAACAAUGAAUCGUUGGGGUCCCACGUCGACGGGAAGUUUACCCAGUUCAACUACAUCGUCUACGCCAACGUCUGAUACGGAAAAUAAUAAUCAACCAUCGUUGAAGUCGCACAUAAAAUCUUCGUCGCCACAUCAAACUAUUGCAGCUGCAGCAGAUUCAAGUGAUAAUCAACCAUCGACGCCUCAGCCACAAUUACUUCCUGAACCAGGUACGCCACAAAGUUUCACAGGCGGUGCUUCGCCAUAUCAACAACCAGCUGCAAUUAUUGCCCCACCAGAUAUGCAUUACCCUACCUAUAUUCACGGAUACGAUCCCUACUAUCAUCCGACAAGCAUUGACUACGGCAACCCACUUCCUCCACCGCACCUACACAGCCAGUCACAACCAGAGUACAAAGCAGUGCCUUCAGCCAGAUACCAUCCCUACAAUAACAACAACCUCAGCAACGGUAAUCACCACACUUCCUCUCUAAGUUCAAGUAACAGUGUCACGAACGGUACAUCUCCUCUGAACAGUGCAGGACUAAGUCCGCAAGUUGUCAGUUCUUCCAGCAGUACUCAAAAUCCGACAACACAAGCUGCCACAACAGUAGCUUCAUCAACGACCACUUCGUCUCCCCAAAACAGCAGUUCACAUAUUCCGCCAACUCCAUCUCCUUCUCCGAUUCAGUGUGAAAAAUGUGGCUUGGUAUGCGAUUCGGAUGAAGUCCUUAGCGAGCACGACGCGACGGUACAUCAAACACAAUCCCAACAACAACAACCCCCGACGCAGCAUUCAAACGAGGGUAACAGCAUGAAUCGAAGCGAGGAACCAGAUAUGCAAAGUAGCUAUCCUUAUGGUAACAAUCCUCCACCCUUUAUCAAGGAAGAACCACCUGGAUCCGAUAUUUUGGAUCUAGAUUCACAAAAGAUGGUUUACCCUCCAGAACCUGUACUGCCUCCUAUGAAUUCGCUACAUCCGCUACAAUCAAUGCAACGUCAUUCAAUGAUGUGGCCACAUGACCCGCACAACUUUAUUCCUCCACAUCCACCACACGAUUUGAAAGCACCAUACUACCAUCCUCAGAUCAAAUCGGAAUACUCUACGACACCAUCAAUCAAGGGUGACUAUCCGCAACAUGCGGCAAUGCAUGUGAAAUCCGAGUAUACUUCGAUUGUAGCACCUGCGCCAAUUAAAAAUGAUUAUAACAUACCACCGACAAUGCCGCCGGCUGGUCCACAACCGAACCAAUCGGGGAAACAAUUCACAGAAGAGAUUAGUGAAAACAAUCAAUUGGCGACAAGUCCGUCGGAUUUUCCCAGUACAACAACUCCACAGGAGAAUAGUUCACAAUACAGAAACUUUGAACCACCUACAUCAUCGCAUCCCAGCAGCGGAUCGAAAGGAACAGCUUGGAAGUCUAAUGAAGCAAGAAGACCGAAGACAUACAACUGUACCGCAUGUAAUAAGUGGUUUACAAGUUCCGGUCAUUUGAAGCGACAUUAUAACACAACAUUGCACAAAAACGCAGUUAAGUCAAGCGGGCAGCCAGACCCCGCAACACUGCCCAUUAGCAUUCACCAUCAUCCCGGACGGGAUCCAAACUAUGGAAACAAGGGAAGACGUGGCUCUGCGGCACAAAUACAACAACCUAUACAACAACCGGUUCCACCACCCGAUCCUCCUAGAAGUCCCGACUAUGGAUCUCAGUAUGGUGCAUCGGGGUUUACUACAGCGCAGAUUACCUCGAAUCAGGGGUUUCACCAGUACAAUUCCAAUAUACAAACUACUUCGUCAACGGUUCCCCCAAACGGGGUAGCAGGUCCCUCCGUCCAAGCCUCCCCACCGAGGGGCCUGCAGAUCUUCUCGAACAGCAACAUGGAACUGUUGCACCAGCAGGAGCAAACGGAUCAAACCCCUACUAUCACCACCACCACCACCAGCAUUCCAUCGCCGCUGCACAGUCAGCACAUCAUCAGUACAACGGAGCCAUUCCACAUCACCAACCCUUUAACUAUCAACAUCAGCAUCCCAUCAUUCCAAACCAUCCUGCCGGAGGCACCGAAUUAUCACCAUAUUAUUGGUAAUCAUUCCGCACCACCAUCUGAGGUCAGCGAAAUGGUAUCGAAUGAACAGUAUUUCACAAUCAAUGGAUACGACAAUGCACCAACGCAAUCACCGGCUCUGGGGUUUCCUCGGUAUACGGGGGGCGCCGAGGUGUAUCAAGGCGAUACGGCGCCCCCCUUUUCACCAAAUGUACCGGAGCAUUAUCAGCAAACAGACUCACUCUACAAUGAACUCCGUACACAGACUCCACAACUAGCCGCAACCGCACCGUCUCUUUCACCCGGUCCCGGUUCACCAAGCGUUACAUCGACUGGCACCGUCUUGCCGUCGGAUAUUCGCCUCAACGAAGUUCACCGUUGUGAUGAGUGCGAUAAAGUGUUUAACAAAGCAUGUUAUCUAACCCAACACAACAAAACGUUUCAUUCGGGUGAUAAACCGUUCAAAUGUCAACGCUGUGGAAAACGGUUCCCAUGCGAUCAAUCACACGAGGAACACCUGGCGAAACAUGGCGGAGAAAAACCGUUCAAAUGUGAACUUUGUCCGAAGCAGUUCAACCACAAGACAGACCUUCGACGCCACAUGUGUCUGCACAGUGGAUCAAAACCAUAUGCGUGUGAUCAAUGCGGCAAAGGAUUCAUCCGCAAAGAUCAUAUGUUGAAGCACUGCGAAACACACAGAAAGAAAUCGGUAGCAGUUAUGAAGAAAACAACCAACGGAAAGCUGAUUACUCAGAUCCACUCAAAGGCACUCAUGGUGGGAGACGAAUGACAAUGGGUUCCAAUCCGUUGUCUCACUCCCGAGCCAUGAUCGGAGCAACCAACGGACAAUGGACAACAAACGAAAGAUUCAUCGACAGAAUGGGUAAUGUUUACAAAUCUUCAUGUUCUCACACAUUUUUCGUUUGCAAAAAUUUUGAAGAGAUUUUUUUUUUAAAUGCCAACGUUUCCUAUCACAAGAAACAAAGUUACCUACGUAAUUCCUCUUACCAAAACCAGGUGCAGUACACUACCUCAAUGUAAUAUGUAAUAAUAAUAAAAAAAAAAACAAUCUGAUAAAUAGCCAAUCACUAGUUUAAUUGAGUAUUGAAAUAGCAAAAAUAAACAUAAGUCAACACAGAACCUACCUCAAUAGUUAUUACAAUUCUUAUUGUGCGACAGAUGCCCAUAUUGUUGGGUCCCUCGUCGCAGAAUAAGUAAAGCAAUUCAACAAAGUUAUACAUUUUAAUAUGAAAUGAUAUUUACAAUUAAAUACAAAACUGAUGACGCAACUAAAGCAAAUAUAAUAAGUGUAUUUAUCAUAAUAAAACACAGAAAAAGAAUGUAUCUGAAAACGGUGGUUCAAAUGGAAAACUGAGAAAAUAUUUUGAAAAUUAUUUUAAAGCAAUAUUAACCGUUAAUAGGAAACACACAAAAUGGCUACGUCUAAGCUACAAAGCAAAACAAGUACCUCUCACUCGAAACUGCAACUAUCGUCAUCACAGGAAGCUCCAAAAAAAGAAGAAAUAAUGUUGUAAAAGUAGAUUGAUCAAUGAUUACCAAACAUACAAACACAAUCUUUCAAUAAUAAAACCAUAUAACAAAUGUACAAACAAAUCCUGCAAACCACAGGAAACCAAUUGAGUGUGAAAGCAAAACUGAGAAAGUUCUCUAUACGAAAGAAUCAUUCUUAUUGUUGGGAAUAAAUGCAAAAGAACAAAAAAAAAACAUAUUAGCGUAAAAGUUCAACUCAUGUCUACAGAAAACCUAACACACAAAUAUAGUGAAAUGUUUGCGA